AUGUCAACGCAGUCUCUAGCCAAUGCUGCGUACAUGACGUACUUCCUUGCGGUCAAGGCUGUACCUGUCGUGGCAGUAGGUUCGUCUGUUGUGUUUGCCCUCUCUCCCUGGCCCACAGUUGCCAUUAUCCGCCGAGAACGUAACACCCUUCAGUUCCCAUUUGCCCCAUUUUUCUUCUACUUUGUGCAGAAUAUAGUGAACUCAUUGUACGGCUGGACCGCGAGUAACGCUGUGGUAGGCGGUUGUUCAUUACUCGGCGUUAUACUCGGAUUGUACUACGUGCUGGUUUUUUAUAAGUACACACGUGAUCGUACACAAGUGACUCGUAUGUUAUCAACCGCCAUGUUAGUUAUUCUAUUGUUACUACACCAGGUAGUGACGCGACCGUCUGGGGAAACUCAGCUACUAAUUGGUAUCCCAGCAAACAUUUUAUCAGUAUUUACAGCCGCUUCGCCAUUGCUGCAACUUAAGGGUAUCUUACGUCGGAAAGAUGCUUCGGGGAUACCGUUUGGUAUGUCGGUUAUGAACGUUGUAGGUGGUUCGAUCUGGUUUUCAUAUGGUGUGCUGCUGGGUGACCCAUUGAUUAUCUGCCCAAAUUUAUUUGCGCUGACCAUGGGAAUUAUUCAAGUGUCGCUCGUUGUGCGAUAUCCUGGAGCUAAAAAAGGCAAAAAUAUGGCAGAAUUAAAGGCCAAGUCGUCACCGCCGCCGACAAAAGUGACAAAACAGAAAUCUGACGAUAUGAUGGAAGCCAAGGACUUUGUCAUCUCCAACGUUCAACAUGGUGAAAUUGAAGUCGAAGUAUUUGUUGCAGGCGAUGGUGUCAAUUAUCCAAAACUGGGUCAGACUGUAGUGGUGCACUACACGGGUUACCUGCAAGACGGUAAGAAGUUUGAUUCGUCACGCGAUCGGAACAAACCAUUAAAGUUUAAACUCGGCGCUGAGCAAGUGAUUCCUGGUCUUGACGAAGGAGUUGAGAGGGUUUCCAGGGUUGGUCCCACCUAA